AUGCCUCGAAAUUAUCUGAGGAAAGCUCCGGAUAGAUGCAUCGUCACAGAUGAGCAACUGGAAGCCGCCAAAUUAUUAAUUUCAAAGGGUGCCAGUAAAAGAAAAGCUGCAUCUCAAGUUGGACUUAAGGAAAGUACUCUGCGAAAACGUUUAAAAGCUGGGAAGACAGCAACCAGCAUGGGAAGAUUUUCUUUGACUUUCACCAAGGAGCAAGAGACUGAUAUAUACAAUUAUAUUAAACAAAGUGAUGAUCUUUAUUAUGGUCUCACUAUACAGAACCUCCAGAAGUUGAUUUAUGAGUAUGCUGAAGUAAAUAAAGUAACUCAUAGAUUCAACAUAUCCACAAAAUUAGCUGGCCGAGACUGGGUAUAUGGAUUUCUCAAAAGGUUCCCUCAAUUGAAAUUGCGACAGCCAGUCCCAACUAGUAUUGCCAGAGCCAUGGGAUUCAACGAAACUCAAGUUACAACAUUUUAUAAUAACUUGCAGAGCCUCUACAACAAAUACAAAUUUGUACCCAGCCGAAUAUAUAAUAUGGAUGAAAGUGGAGUGAAUACUGUGCCAAAGAAAAUUCCAAAAGUAAUAUCGGUGAAAGGAAAAAAGCUGGUGGGAAAAAUCGUUUCUGCUGAAAGAGGCCAAACGAUUACACUAGUUUGCGCAAUGAGUGCAACUGGAAACUAUGUUCCUCCGGCAUUUAUUUUUCCCCGGAAGAGAAUGAAAGGUUAUUUGCUUAAUAAUGCACCUGAAGGUAGUAUUGGAAUGGUUUCUGAUUCAGGAUUCAUAAAUACGGGUCUGUUUCUAGAAUACCUACACCAUUUCAAAGACAAUGUUCAGCCAACCAAAGAUAACCCCGUCUUGUUAAUUUUAGACAACCAUAGCAGCCACAUCUCACUGAAUGCUAUACUGUAUUGUCGUGAUAAUGGUAUUCACAUGCUUACUCUCCCACCUCAUAGUAGCCACAAGAUGCAGCCUUUAGAUCGUGGGUUUUUUGGGCCUCUGAAAACGAAAUUCGCUUACGCAUGUGAUAAAUGGCUAAGCCACCAUCCAGGCCGCGUGAUUGGACAAACAGAAAUCGCUCAAUUGGUGAAUGAGGCUUUUCAAAAAGCAGCUUCGCUUAGCAAUGCGGUUUCAGGUUUCAAAGUUUCUGGAAUCUGGCCAAUAGACACAGACAUUUUUUCGGAAGAAGAUUUCGCGGCAGCGUCUGUAACUGACAUGAUUCCUACACAACAUGUAGAAGAGGUGUUGCCAACUAUAGCAGCACCUUUCCAAGAAGAUCCAUCAUGCGCAGAGCACUUGACAAACUUAGUAGCGUCCACCUCUUCUACACAUACAUUGACAUCAUUCAAUACUGACACGCAAACUCCACUAGACUUCUUAGAGAUCGCUCAAUCGUGUCCAGUGGCUAACACCAGUUCAGCCACCACUGCAUCUUCACCAACACCUGUAGCUUCAACCAGCAAAGAAUUCAUACCAUUGUCGUCUAUACAAGCACUACCGAAAGCUAUGUCACAAAAUCGACGACGAAAAGGCAAAAAGUCAAUAAUUGCUACUGAUAGUCCCUAUAAGUCUGAGUUAGAAGCUAAGAAAGAAGAGGAGGAAGAGAAAUUAGCCAAGAAGAAAAUUCGAUUAGAUUUAAAAGAAAGACUUAAAACUAAGAAAACUAGUACAAAAUCACCUGAGACUGCCAAAAAAAAGAAAGUUGUAAAUAAGACUCUUAAGAAACCAAAACAGGACGAAAAUGAGUAUUUCUGUCCCUUAUGUGGUGAAAAGUAUUCUGAUCCGCCGACUGAAGAUUGGGUUGAAUGUAGCCUUUGUGGAGCCUGGUGGCAUGAACAGUGCUCCAGCUCCGAACACGGCACUUUUAUUUGUGAUACAUGUACGACGAAGUAA